AGGAGAGCAGAGCUUGGAAACGGCAAGGGAGCUAAAGCUUUUCGCAGAGGGAGCAUAGAGCACGUGGCAGGUGGCAGAGGUCAUGAUGGACUCUCUUGCACUUUCCUGCAAAGACUCUACCUCCUGGCAGGGGAUCCUGCUCACAGUCUCCCUUUUAACCUGCUGGCUGAUUCCAACUACCACCCAGAUCACCAUUGAAUCAGUGCCUCCCAUUGCUGUUGAAGGGGAAAAUGUUCUUCUGUUUGUGCAUAACUUGCCAGAGAAUGUUCAAACCCUUUCCUGGUACACAGGAGUUAAACCACUCAAGAAUUGUGAAAUUGCAAGUCAUGUGACAGCUACCAAUUCUACUGUGGUGGGACCUGCACACAGUGGUAGAGAGAUUGUACUCAAAAAUGGAUCUCUGCUGAUCAAGAGUACCACCAGAAAAGACUCAGGUUAUUACACUCUACAAAUACUUGAUACAACCUCAAGACCUGAAUUAAUACGUGCAGAAUUCUUUGUUCACAGCCCACUUUUAGGCUACAAGAAGCAUCUUGCCCCUUCUCAACUCACAAUUAAGUUGGUGCCAUCUAGGGUUGAAGAAAAUGACAAUAUUCUCCUGCAGGUUUAUCAUCUGCCACAGAAGCUUCAAGGCUUUGCCUGGCACAAAGGAGUACUUCCACUUGACCAUUUUAAGAUAGCAAGCCAUUCAUUCCUCACCCAUUCAACUAUGCUGGGGAGUGCAUAUCAAGACAGAGUGAUAAUAUGUAAUGAUGGAACCCUGGUGCUCUUGAAUGUCACUCAGAAUGACACAGGGCUUUACACCUUCCGAACCAUAUCUGUGGAUUUGAAAUCAGAAUGGGACAUUUUGGACCUCCAAGUAAAUAAACCUGGAAAUUGGGCUUCACCCAAUCUCAGACCAACAAGUAAACCAUGGACUUUCUCGAAGAGUCGAAGACGAGCGGCAGACAUGUGCGAUUCUUCCAUUACUUCCGUUACUAUUCAAAAUAAAUAACUUUCUGCUUAUCAGUA